AGCACGAACCGGACAGAUCAAGUCAGGGCCCAGAGGCGGGACUAACACUAGACGGUCUGGGGCACAGCUAAUAGAACGAGCUCAAGUCCACUAGCGUGCGGUAGGAGGCGGGCUCAGAGCUGGCCUCAGCCAAUGGCUUGCGGGAACAUGAGCCGUCUUUUAAGCGGUCGCCUGAAGAUGGCGGUCAGCGGGCGCCUGGCGAUGCGGAUGCUUUCUGGGUGCGGCUGGGUUCGCGCCUCGGACCCCGCCGUGCUGAGCCGCCUGCGCGAUGAGGCCGUGGUGCGGCCUGGCUUUCUGAGCCAGGCGGAGGAGGACACGCUGACACGCGAACUGGAGCCCCAGCUGCGGCGCCGGCGCUAUGAGUACGACCACUGGGAUGCGGCCAUCCACGGUUUCAGGGAGACCGAGAAGUCCCGAUGGUCUGAUGCAAGCCAAGCCAUUCUGCAUCGGGUCCAGGAGGCUGCCUUUGGCCCUGACCAGACCCUGCUAUCCUUGGUUCACGUGUUGGACCUGGAACCCCGGGGCUACAUCAAGCCCCAUGUUGACAGUGUCAAGUUCUGUGGAUCCACCAUUGCUGGCCUCUCCCUGCUGUCCCCAAGUGUUAUGAAGUUGGUGCACACCCAGGAACCUGAGCAGUGGCUGGAACUGCUGCUGGAACCAGGCUCCCUCUAUAUUCUAAGGGGUUCAGCCCGAUACGACUUCUCCCAUGAGAUCCUUCGAGAUGAAGAAUCAUUUUUUGGGGAGCGACGUGUCCCUCGGGGCCGACGCAUCUCAGUGAUUUGCCGCUCCCUCCCUGAGGGGAUGGGGUCAGGAAGGCCAGAAAAGCCACCCUCAGCCAGCUGACUUCUACGCCUGUCCUCUGGACUUGUGAAUAAAGUUGGAAAAAGAA